ACCGUGAGAUCAGCGAUGUGCACCGCAUUAAACCUGGCAGUGCUGCUGCUGCGGGUGGUCACUUCAAACCCUGACCCCAGCACACGGAGCCGACCCAGCAUCAUCCCAACACCUCCCCAUCUCCCGCCGCUGCCCGUAACCCGGCUGCGGAAGCUCCGGCCGGUCCCAUCCGCCCAAUGGGCUGAGCGCUGCGGGGCCGUCACUUCCUGGCCCUGCAACCGGCGGCAGCGAGGCGAGAGCCGGGCCCGGGGGGCGGCGGGGCCCUCAGCCUGCCCGGCACCCGGCACCACCAGCACCAGCACCAUGCCCUUUGAUUUCAGGAGGUUUGACAUCUACAGGAAGGUGCCAAAAGACCUUACACAGCCAACCUACACAGGGGCUAUUAUCUCUGUCUGCUGCUGUCUCUUCAUACUGUUUCUCUUCCUGUCUGAGCUCACCGGAUUCAUAGCCACUGAAAUAGUUAAUGAGCUGUAUGUGGAUGACCCAGACAAAGACAGUGGAGGUAAAAUAGAAGUGAGUCUGAACAUCAGUUUACCAAAUCUGCAUUGUGAAUUAGUUGGACUAGACAUCCAGGAUGAAAUGGGAAGGCAUGAAGUGGGUCACAUAGACAACUCGAUGAAGAUACCUCUCAAUAAUGGGGAUGGCUGUAGAUUUGAGGGACAUUUCAGCAUCAACAAGGUCCCUGGUAACUUUCAUGUGUCAACGCACAGUGCCACUGCGCAGCCUCAGAAUCCUGACAUGACUCACGUCAUUCACAAGCUCUCAUUUGGGGACAAGUUACAGGUCCAGAAUGUUCAUGGAGCAUUCAACGCAUUGGAGGGAGCGGACAAACUCAGCUCAAAUCCUCUAGCCUCUCAUGACUACAUACUGAAGAUAGUCCCAACAGUUUACGAAGACAUGAGCGGCAAGCAGCGAUACUCCUACCAAUAUACGGUUGCUAAUAAGGAGUACGUCGCCUACAGUCACACUGGUCGCAUUAUCCCAGCUAUCUGGUUUCGUUACGAUUUGAGUCCCAUCACAGUGAAAUAUACAGAGAGGCGACAGCCUUUGUACAGGUUUAUCACAUCGAUAUGUGCCAUCAUUGGGGGAACAUUUACUGUAGCUGGGAUCCUUGACUCCUGCAUUUUCACAGCAUCAGAAGCCUGGAAGAAGAUCCAGCUGGGGAAAAUGCAGUAACAGUGAAACUCUAAACUAGUCUUCAAGGACAGGAGCAAGGAUUGAGAAACCUACCACUACCUGUUUUUGUCUUUAUUUUCUGUUUGAUUGAAUCAGUGCGUUUUUCUCUAAUCAGGCUGUUCAGUGAAGACCUCUUCAGCUAAUCAAAGAAAUCUCCACGCAUUUCAGAGCUCUGAGAGCAAAACAACAAAAACGAAUGCAAUCAUGUCUUGGAUUUCGAUUCUGUACCCCCAGAAAGAGAAGUUGAAAUGCCAUAUAUGAAAUACACUGUCAGAUCUAAGUAAGGAUAAUAGCAUCUUCUUGGGGAGGUUCCUAUGGCAGCACACAAGCUAGGUAGUAGAUUGCAAAGAGUUAAGCUGUCUUGUGGCACUUAUUGGAAUUUGUUGGAUUUGCAUGAUUAGACAAUCGACUUAUAUGUAAGGCAGAAUUAUACAUUAGGAAGGAAUUCCACCCGUGGUGCCAAAAAGGUGAUGUAUCUGUUGGUGAGGAAUGGAAAGUGUUAGUUCCCAUAGCAGGCUUUAGAGACAGAGGGCAGAAAUAACAUCAAGAAAUGUCACAUGCUUUUAUGGAAAGCUCUUCGGUUCAGAUAUGGCCUUUUUCAUUAAAUGAGCGAAUUUGAGGAGGAGUUCAUCCCCCGGUUACCCUUCCAUGGAUGCUUUGUGGUCCAGGCAGAGGAGGGCUUUUUACUCUGGAUGUAAAAGUGAUUUCAUUUCUCCCCAGAAACUGAAUAUCCAGUCUUGUGUUUACAGGUGGCAUGAAGUAAAAACCAAACCGAGCAACACAGUUUUAUGUGGCCUUUGCUUUGAAAGGGAAUAGUUGUCUUUACAGUGUUCGCUUUUAUUCUUUCUCUCGGUUUUCUUCUUGUUGGGUUAUUUUUUAAUUAUUAUUUUAAACACAGACCACCCAGAAAUCAGGACUCAGCACUUCUGCAUCAUUAUUACUGUUGUUAUUUUGGAAAGCAGUUUGCCAUUCUGUGUGUUCAGAAAACAAAACAGCGCAGCCUUCUGGAUGAACGAGCACAGCUUACUGUCUUGCUUCGUGUGUGUAUAUGGAAUACACCUGUACAACACAGAAGUCUGUCUUUUCACGCUUUAAGGUGCCUACCUGUUUCUUUACUAUUCAGCCAGGCAUCCGUUCUGAGCCCUACACUGACACUGUUCACCCACAGGUACAGCAGCAGCGGGGCCACCAUUCCCACAAACACCCCUGCUAGUUGUUCUGUUCUGUUCCUUAAAGUGGUACUGAACUUCCAUGUCCAUUUGUUCCUCGUCUUCUGAGCCCUCCAGUAACUGGAGGCACAAGGGGAGAACUAUUGCCAGGUGCGGCUGCACGCAGUGGUUGACGUGAGUUCACCACAAAGUAGACCAAUGCCCACUGGUGCAUUUUCCAUGGCCUCCUAGAUGUUCCUUGGUUAGUAACUGUCUCUGCAUGCUUUGUAUGUGUCUGAGCUGAAGAUACAUGGAUUUUAAGCGUUUCAGAAUGGGUAAAAAUCCUUAAAUCAAUGCUAUAAAUUCGAAGAUGGGUGCGGGAUUUCUCUUAGGUAGUGUCUACUGUCCAUUGCCCUUUUCCUGGGGGCAAAAGUAUCCAAACAUCAUGUUGGAAUGAUAUGAAUCUUUGAAUUAUCAGUGUUAACUCUAGAGUCAGAUGCAUUUCAGAAGUAUUCCUAAUACGUGUCUGUUGAAAUCGUCCCAUUGCUUUGGAAGAAGGGAAGGUCUCCAGUUUAAUCCACAUACACACACAUAACAAAGAAAAAUGAAAAGGCCAACAAAUCCCUCCCCUUCCCCCCCAUUCUCUGCCCUGUAGUGACUUCUGACAAGUUACAGCAUUGGAAUUAUUCCCCGUUCUUAUUAUGGACCGAUUGCUGUUCCUUUAGGUGUAAACUGGAUUGUGUAACUUCCUGUAUCUGUUAAUGUAUGGAUAGAUUUUAUACAUUUUUUUUUUAAUUUUUUUUUUUUUCCAUUUACAAAAAUCAACUUGAAAACGAGAUGUUUGUCUUCAUUUCAAUGCGCGUCCGUGUGUCCGUGAGUGGAACCCACGAGGUGGCAGCGAUGCCUGCUGGCAGCCUGGGCUUUCUCCAUUGCAAUUCCUGCUUUAUGCUGCCUGAAGGAUUCCCUCCAAUGCACUGCCACCAACUUAAAGCAAAAUAUCCUCGUCUUUCCCUCUUGAUUGUGCUGAAUCUUUGCUCAUACUGUGUGGACCUGGUGGAUUACAAGGGUGUAAUUUAAACGUCUUGCUGAGGCACCUCUGUAGCACAGCGGGUUGUGCUCUCAGUUCUCUGGAGCUUUGUUCUUCAGAACAAACCAGCAAAGUUGGUUGCAGGUGUCUUUGUGUCUCACACCCCCCCUGUGUGCUUUUUCUGCCCUCCUCUCUCUGGAUGUAGCGCUGCCUUCUGUGUGCAAUCCAGGCCAGUUCUUUAGACCAGAUCACUGGGAUUGUUUGGCUGUAAUUGGAAGUAACAGAUGCAUCUUUCAGUUCAGUGCAUUUGCUUUCGCUGCCAAAAGUCCCGCUGCAAUCACGUCAUAAAUCACUUUUGUUGUGUUAAAUAUGGGGAUCAAAUUGUACCCAACUUCUGGCAAAAGAAACAGCCUGAACCUCAGUUCUGUGUGCCAGAGUGAAGUCUCUGAGUGCUGCCAAGCCAAGGCUGACUUUGGGAUCUGCUGUACCUUGCAUCACACUUAUCCCUCAGAUGUGGCAUCACUUACUGUUGCUGCACCAUUUGCUUUUAGAAUUCACUCUGUCCAUAUAUGAAGGUGAGGUGGUUACUGCUGUAGCAGCACUGCCCCGUGCAUCAGGUGUCAUUACAUUUCACUUCUAGUCUCAAACACAUCCUAGGAGCAAAAGGAGCAUAGGUCUGCUUUUAAACAUCAACGCAAGCAAAAAUGUUUUCAAGCUAUCAUGGAAAGAAAACCAUUGUUUGUAGGUGUUCAUCCAUAUGCUUGAAUUUGCUCCUUCCAAUCAGUGUUUUGACAGAAGUUUUUGUGGUUUUCCAAGAGAAAUAACCCUGUAGGAAGUAAAACGUGAACAGCUUGUGUAUAUUCUGGUUUAAAUAAACCUCUCUGCAGCUCCAUCGCGCAAUAAGAACGUGCAGUGUAGGCUGCUGUGCAGUGCUGGAGUUAGAGAUGUAGCUCUAUUUCUCAGCAGUCCUUGUGAGGAGGGGCAGGGAUUGGCAUCCAAGGCAGCGUGUGAAGCACAAAGCUCUCACAUCUUUACAGUGGAGUUUAUUAAGGAGCCCUCACGUUUCCCUUUUAAUUUGCAACCUGAUGUUAACAAACCAUUAGCUUUUUAGUUUCUAGUUCUGUAAUGAAAAAAAUAAAACUCUUCUGUGUCCGGA